AUGUACAUUCUGACGUAUGGAUAUUUCGCUCUUACAACUACAUUGCUCUUAUUAUAUUUUGCGCCCUCGUAUCUUCUCAUAAUCCGCGGUCUCCUCCACUUCCAUUUAUCUACGAACUACACUUUACCAAUCAGUAGGGGAUACGGACAUUUCUGGACCGUUCCUGAUAACUUUUUGUAUCAUCUACAUCUGGUCUUCGAGACGACUCUAACGGGACUCAGCGGUCUCAUGGCGUGCAGCGUUGACAGCUUCUUUGGCUUCUAUGUCUAUCAGUUUACCUCGACAAUGCGCGCCAUGAACUUCAGGCUCACAAAUCCUCUACCUACCGAGAAGUUCUUGGAUUUACUGAGGAUGUGUGUGGCGAAACAUCAAAGGUUACUGCGAUGUCGCGAUACGCUAGAGCAUGUCUAUGGACCCAUUGUCUUUUGGCACAUUGUCACCAACGCCAUACUUCUUUGCGGGUUAAUGUACGACGCGAUGCCAGUAUGUGAAUAUAUUAACUUUUCGGACUUUAAACGCAUAUCCAUGUUUCUGACAUACGCAGUAGUAAAAUUUGUGCAAACAUUUACAUAUGCAUGGUAUGGCACUGUUCUCACAAAUGCGAGUGAAGACUUUCGUAAUGGAAUCUAUUUUGGAGAAUGGUUUAAUUCAAGUCUCGAUCAUCACGUGAGAACAAAUGUUAUUCUGAUUAUGAUGCAAAAGCCAAUAACCAUAAACGCAAUUUACUCUCCAGUCAAUAUCACCAUUUUCACCAAUUUCGUGAAUGCAACAAUGUCCUAUUUCUUCCUGUUGCAAUCUAUCGAUGAGGGACUUGAAACGCUUCAUCGUGAUGGCAGAGUGGCGAUGAUCGAAUUCUCCCUCCGGUGA